AAAGGAGAGAUUUAAACUACAUCUUCGGGAGAGCUGAAUCCAAGAGCAUAAAUUCCAUACUCUUUCCUGCGCACUCCCCUCAUAUUGCAACCCGAAUACCUUGAGAAAAUGGGAAGAGGAAAGUUCAAGGGCAAGCCGACCGGCCACCGCCACUUCUCUACGCCGGAAGAGCUCCUUGCAGGAAGCUCUGCUCGUCCUCGUACUUUUAAGAAGGAAGAAGCUGAGGUAGAACAACAACAAGAAGAAGAGUCUGAAGAGGAAGUAGAAGAUGAGACUGAGAAAAGAAAGGGAAUUCAGGGACUUAUUGAGAUUGAGAAUCCUAAUUUAGUAAAACAAAAGAACAUGAAGGCUGGUGAUGCCGAUGUGGGAAAAACAACUGAACUCUCAAGGCGUGAAAGAGAGGAGAUAGAAAAACAAAAGGCACAUGAGCGAUAUAUGAGGCUGCAGGAGCAAGGGAAAACUGAACAAGCAAGAAAAGAUUUAGUUGUUCAUGGUGGAGCCAAACGCCAAGUCCACAGCCUAAUGGCUAGGCAACACAGUGCUCUGCCACCUAACACCAAGGUGUACUUUUUACAACAGUAUUAUUUUAUUCCAAUUUGUUCUUUUUCCCGUCACAAGUUUGUUUUUUAUUUUGCUUGUUUAUGGUUAACCAAAUGUCUAUUUCUGAAGUUGGUUAUACCAUCAGUGAAUAGGCUGAAGAAAUGAAAUAUAACAUAGUCCGUCUUCCUUUUUAAGUCAUUGCAUCAUGCAGAUCCGUGCACAUGGGCACACACACACACUCAAAUAUGCAGAGACUCAUAAAGCAUUGCUGGGAAAUGAGUUGAAUCUCAUUAUUCAUUGUCCUAGACAGUUUUAAAUUUUUAAUUAAAUAUCAGAAAUGAAAUAUUUAGGUCAGAUAAGUAACCAUUUUUGCAGUAGUGGCAGUACUUAGUUGGAUGAGAAUUAAAUAUGUAUAGACAAGACAAUGAUGGAUAAUCUCAUGAAAUGCAUUAUGCAUCCAAACUGCUUCUUACUCUUUUCUGUGCUGCUUAGAGAUGAAAAUUGGCCUUUCAUGAAGUUUACCUGAUUUUGGGGUCCUCAAAAUUUUAUUCAAUAUUUAUCUUUUAACCAUUGGUUGGAGACUUGGAGUGUAUCUUUUUCUGAAAGAUAGUCAUUCAAUUGUUGAAAAUUUUCUUAGGCUCUAUAUCUGAUUUGACCCUCUAUACUAAGGACUAAAAUUUCUCUAUUCAGUGGGUUAGUUUCUCUGUUGUAUGAACUCUUGAAGACAUAAAAGAUGAAAAUGUAUGUGUUGUAUAGUGAAAGAAAAUCCUCCUUUUUGGCAUGUUAGCUAUCAUUCUCUUGCCACCAUCACUGUUCUAGGGUCAACCUCAUCUGUGAUUGUGACUACAUCAACAUACCUUCCUCUCACCUUCUAUGUUCUCUAUUUAGUAUUUACACCCUUAAAAAAGAGGGAAUAUUUUGAGCAAAGAAGGUGCAUGUUACUACAUCUCAAGAUGGUAAGCAUGUCACCAAGCAUGAGGCACAGCUCAUGGGAGUAUUAUCAGAAUUAGUUUUUGUAACUUUUAUUAACCUGCAAUUAUAUCUUGGCUUGCAUCAUCCUAAAUUUUUAUUGACUGAUAACCUUUGUUUUUCAUACAAUCUCAUCUUUUUCAAUUCUUGUUGAAAAUUUUCUGUGGUUUGAUUUUAUUUCAUUCACCUGAUGUUCAUGGAAUGUCUAAGUUUCUAUCAUUAACUUUGAUGUAAAAUUGCCAAUGCAGAGCGCUUGGCCCUGAUACGUCAACAAAGAGCUGAGGCUGCUAAGAAGCGAGAACAGGAGAAGGCUGCCAAGGAACUGAAGAAAGCCGAAACUCACAAAUAAUAAUCAGGUUCAGAAGCUCAGUCCAAAAUUAGUCUUUCUUCAUCUUUGAUAUUUAACCUUUAACUUUGUAUACUGAACCUUCUACCCCAUAAAAGAACUGAUAGAUGUUAUCAGCCUUUCAAGUUUAUUGUACUCACAUUUAUUCCUUAUCAAAGAAACUUGGUUUGUACUAACAGAAAGACAUAUAUACUCUCUCAGGCAAUUAAAACCAAUAACAUAGAUUUGGCUUG